AUGUCUAAUCAGCCUGGCCAACAACAUCAUGUACAACAUCCGCACCUCGGAGGAAACCUAUUUCCUAAUGGCGCGAAUACACAUAUAAACCCUGGGAUGCACAAUGCACUCGGAUUUCCCGGAGCGUACAAUGCGCAGAUGGGCUUUCAUGCUCCACAGCCGCCGCAACAGGCUUAUGCGAAUAUGGCCAUGAUGGGCAUGGGUGCGCAGAAUGCGCAAGCACAGGCGGCGAGGUUACAAUUGCAGCAAAUCCAGGUCCGACAAGCUCAAGCCCGCGCACAUGCUCAAGCUCAGGCACAGGCCCAAGCGCAAGCUCAAGCGCAAGCUCAGCAAGCACAACAAGCCCAGCAGGUUCAACAGGCUCAACAAGCCCAGCAAGCUCAACAAGCCCAAGCUCAAGCCCAGGCUCAGGCGCAGGCGCAGGCGCAGGCUCAGGCUCAAGCACAGGCUCAAGCACAUGCACAGGCUCAAGCACAAGCACAGGCUCAAGCACAAGCGCAAAGUCAAGCCCAAUUGCAGGCGCAGAACCAGGCCCAACCACAAGGCCAGCAACGACAGCAAAACCAGGCGAUGCUCAAUAAUGGCGCCGGCCCUAGCACUAACUUCGCACUAACCCCCGCCUCCUCAGAGGUAACACCGGAACAACUCGCCGUAUCGCAGGCGAAGCUCGCAGGUCUCUUGCAGCUGACCGAACAUGCUGGACCAACACAAUCUCUUGCUGUCACUGCGGCGGUUGCUCCACAUCUACCGCAAAUUCUCGCCCUUGCCAAGUCCGGUCACCUUAAUGCACAGCAAUUGGCACAGGCAAGUUGGACAUCGAAACUGGAACUUCCAAAGAGUAACGGAAAACCAAUUCCGAAUCAGCUACAGCGUCAGGUGCAGGGGUCACCUCAGGUUCAGGCCACCGGCAGCUCUUUCCCGAAUAGCCCUGCUAUGAUGAACGCAACCCCACCACAACCGGCCCAACCAUCGCAUCUUCAGAACGUGAAUUCCCAAAGUCCUCACCUGGGGCAGAAUGUGACGUUGAACCAGAAUCUUCAUGGCCAUAUGCAACCGCAUGCUCAAGUACAACAAAACCCGCCCCAGCCAAUGAAUCAUCUCCCGACCCCCCAACAACUACAUCUUCAGUCGCAGCAGCUCCAGGCGGGUCAGAAUCAUUCCCAUUUGAACCAGCCAUCGCAUCUACAACAGCCCCACAUCCAGAACCAGCCCCACAUCCAGGCUCAAACCCAAGGCUCUCCUGCACCCCCAAAUCAAGUAAUCGGAAUCAAGCGCAAAGCUCCGCCUGGCACUCUUACUUUGCCACCAAACGAAUUGGCGCAGCAACCCCAGCAGGCAAACAAUGUGAAUGGUGGCCAAGUAAAUGGCCUCCAACAAGGAGCGCAGGCCAACGGGACGCAAACGAAUGGCGUCAUUCAGGCGAACGGAAUCAACCAGCAGGCGACCGGUGCUCAAGUAAACGGCGUCCAUCAGCAGUCGAAUGGCACAGCUCCUCAGCAAAACGGACAGACGCUACAGCCGGUGAAUAAGCAAGUGCAAGCCGCCAUUUUGGAGCGCGCCAGGACCAUUGCUCGAAGCCAGGGUCGUGCUGACGAGGCCUAUAUACUUAACGUCGCGCGAGCACUCAUGGCCAGGUUUCAGCAGCAACAGCAGGAGCGUAUUCGUGCACAACAGGCUGCUCAAGCACAGGCGCAGGCGCAGGUGGUGGGCAUGCCAGGAGCGAGUCAAUCGCAAAUUCCAGCGCAGGCUCAAUCUCAACCCCCUCAACAGCAACCACAAACUCAACCGCAACAACAGCCACAACCUCAAGCUCCCGUGCAAGUUCCUCAGCAGUCGCAACAACCGCCAACUCUGCCUCAAACCCAGCCAAGUUCAGCUGCGUUAUCAGGCCAGCCUCAAAUCCAACCUCAAACCCCUGUCCAGGUGCCCCAGCCAACGCUCUCUCAACCACAACAGCCACAAGCGGGCCCUUCGACGUUGCAGCCACCACCCUCCGGUCCGAGCUUAUCAGGCAAUGCAGAAGCGCCAGCCACGUCCUCCUCCCAGACUCGAACGACCAGCGAUCCUUCCAUGGCGCAGAUUAAUAAUGUCUCACAGGCCGACGAAGCCAGUUCGACUUUCCAAACAAAUGGCGAGAGUGCACCUGGGACGGUAGCUCCUUCUUCCCCGCAUACUUUGAACGUUACGAAUCCGGGGCCCCAAACGUGGCCGGUUCCCAAAAAUCUGAAAACCUUUGGUUCUUUUCGAAUGGGCGCACGUCCAACGCUCUCCCAGGGUCUUGCUGGAGGCCCAGUUCUGGGCACUCCCAGCCAGCUGCUGCGAUUUGGAGCAGGCGAUGAAGCGCUAGGGCUCGGGAUUGGCGAUGCGGAGGCUGAGGAGAAGGAAGAUGCGGGUGCGAGUGUUGCGGCUAAGAAGGUUGGAUCAAUGAGUGAACCGGGUGUUGGGCAGCCCGGGAAACGAACGAUACAAGACUUGGUUGCUGAGCUGGAUCCCAGGGUGACGGUCGAUUACGAAAUGGAGAGUUAUUUGCUUGCCAGGGCGGACGAAUUCAUAGAUUCCGUAAUGCAUUUUGCUUGUCGGAUAGCGAAACAUCGAGGAUCAGAUCAAGUCGAACCGAGAGAUAUACAAUUGCAUCUUGAGCGUAACCACAAUAUCCGAAUCCCAGGUUUCGCGUCUGAUGAGAUCCGAGGUGCGCUCUCUCGACCGGCCGUCGAAGUAAAGCCCAAGAACGUCGGUGGCACGGAUAAGAGCAAGAAGAAGAAACUCAACCCCGAGGCCGCUGCGAGUUUGCGGACCGCACGAGUUGCGGCUGUGCAGAAUGCCCGUGGGAUGGGUAAGGAUUAG